AGAGCCUGUACCACACAGACCACAGCAGACAGCUCGGCUCUUUCUUCCCAGUUUGGCUGGGGCUCAGUGUAGGCGGCGGCACGGUUAAUGUUAGCUCAGCUGAUAGCCUUAGAUACUUUAUAUAUUAUACGUAUAUAUAUUUCUGCGUGUCGCGUAACAUGUAACGUAAGUCAUUACAGUUAACUCGCUUAAAUCGUCGGGUUUCUAUUUGGCCAAUAUUUGCCAGCUAAUUAAGCUAGGUUAACUUUGCUAGUUAGCUUUAAGUAACAUUAGCUAACGUUUGUAUUCUUCGAACAGCACAGGUAUUUUAGGUUUAACGUCAUAUACCUGAAAAGAGAAUGCUGGAGUCAAUUAAAGUUACAGAAAGACUCCACUGGCCAGAAGUAGAAAUGUCCAAAAAGUACAUUUUAAACUCUGCUGACAAGGCACUGAGUCCAAGCCAAGUAUACCUGGAGAAGAUUUCUUCCAGUGUUCUCAAAGACCUCUUCAGCACUGGCUCCAGUAGCUACAACGUCCUGCUGCAGGCUGAGGAGGAGGAGGAGAAGAAGAGUCAGAAGCAGUCCCCGUACAAAAGGCCAAAAACAUCGGUGAAAUGUGGCGCCACAUUUAGUAGAAGAAACCGCCCAGGCAUGGCUCCUAAAAAGUUGCGUGCAGCUGAAGGUAGUGGUAAACCUGCACAGACAAAUCGUGUUCUCUCAGGCAACUCCAAUCUGUCUAAACCAGCACGGAACAUCGCAGUAGUGGGAAGCACCAUGGCCCUGAUCCCUCGUACAGUUCCGCAGCUCAGAAAGAUCUGCAUCCCCAAUUCCCCACGCACUAAACUUCCCUCGUUGCACAAAGCAGCAAUCACACGGGAAGUGGAAAAUGCCAAGAAGCUCUGCAUCCUUACAGCCAUAAAGCCAUCUAAUGUUGAGAAAGAGAAGGCCAAGUUCUUCAAGUCUGACUUCAACUAUAAUCCACAGUUUGCAUACAGCAACCCAGUUCCUCCACUUGUCCUGGCACGGCAUAACAAUGCCUCAGAUCGCUUCCUGACACAGGCAGUGCACAUCAUGGAGCUUGCCCUGCAGCGAUAUGGCAGCUAUGAGAAGUUUGAGCAGGCCACUGGGGGCAACCUCCUCAACAAGAGUCGUAUCUGGCACAACGUCAAGAAAUACAUGGAGAAGGAAGGCUGCUUGGGGGAGAUCGUAGUCCAGGUGACAGACGACCUCCUGUCCAGAGCCUCCAUGACGGUGGUGAACAGCAGACCCACACUGACCAUCAACAUCUCCACCGCCCGAGAGUACUGGCUGGAAGGCAUGCUGAGGCAUGAGAUUAGCACACAUUAUUUCCGUGGCAUAAACAACUGCCACCAGCCAUGGAGCAGCAGCGCGGGUAGGAAGAAGCACAACCUGAAGCCUCUGAACCCCACAGAGGAGGGCCUGGCCAGCAUCCACAGUGUCCUGUUCAGGAAAGACCCCACACUGUGGCGCGCCGCCCUGCUCUACUACACCGUCUACCAGGCCAGCCACAUGUCCUUCUCUCAGCUCUUCCACAAUCUGGGACGCUUCGUCCAGGACCCCAACACCCGCUGGGACUACUGCGUCCGAGCCAAGAGGGGCCAGACCGAUACAGCACAGCCAGGGUGCUUCAGUAAAGACCAGGUCUACCUGGAUGGCAUCCUGAAGAUCCUGAGAUACAGAGACAAGAUCAACUUCCCACUGCUGAUGGCUCUAGGAAAGGUGUCAUUUGAAGACGUGGACCGCCUGAAAGCACUGGCUCAGAUGGAGGACGUCCGCAUCCCUCACUUCAUGCAGGACCAGGCGCGGUACGCCGAGCAGCUGGCGAAAAUCAUGGCGGUCAACCAGCUGACUGACGAGGAGCUCAAGGCCAUCAUCUGAGCCCGCUGCGCUCCACCUGCACAAACCUGAUCACAACUGAAUAAAAGCUGUCACACCCCUGCCAGCCACGGCCCGCAUGCCUUAACUCCAUCACCGCGCAUGGUAGCAGUGUGUGAUUUGUGCAGCAUGCUGUGUUGCAUGUAGUGUAGAGUUGUGUCAGACAGACAUGGAAUUAGAAAUCUGUUAUAGCCCAGUCAUGUAUCCACUGAUACUGUAGGGAUCACUCCGAGUAUGUGUUGUGUUGUGUUGUGUUUAGGGCUGGAUGUAGUUAAUUUUUUUUUACCAGUGCCAAUACAAUACCAUGAUUGCUGAUCAAUUCAAUUCAUUUGAAAAUGAAUUUCUAUAACAUUUACCAAGCACUUUUUUACUUGACAGUUACUCUGAUAAUCAGUUUAGUUUGUAGUUCAAUACCCAGUCUUAGGUUUGGGAGGAUUUUCAUGAAUAUAUUCUCUGUAGAUUAUAGUUUCUAAAAGAGAGAUUCAAUAUCCCAUGAUGACCUUUUUUUUUUUUACGUAGACGCA